AUGUGUCGUGAGGCUUGCACUGGCAUGGCCCCAGAUUCGCAUCAUGCGUACCUUUUGGCCUUGUGUUUCCAUCAAUUGCAGCCUGCGCAACGACUUUUGUCCGUCGACGCACAUCUUGCGAGAUUGAAGGAGAGAAAGGAAAGCCUCGCAAAGUCUCUCCGUACGGACAAGCCAGGUUCUUCAAGGAAAUCCGCCAUGGACGCUGGUAGCAUUCUUCCACCUCUCGCCGUCGUCUCCCGCCAUCCCGGGGCAUCCUCGUCCCAGACGCCAGCCGUCCGUCGACAACCCCAGUAUCAAAAGCAUGCCCCAGCGGCCAGCGUCCGUAUCUCGUAUCCUCGUCCGCAGCCGAAUGUAGUCGGAAAAAGCUCAAUGGCGUCAGCCUGCCGUUGUCCGAUGACUGCCGGUGGCCGCGCUCAUCUGCUUCGUAACCUUCGGUGA